UUCAAUUUUUUUUCCCCUACAGCUCAUGUGCAAAGAUCCACAACAGCGCAAAGAACAUGUUGCCCACAUACAAGAUCACCAAUUUUUCAAUGGUAUAAACUGGAAGCGGGGGAGGCACACCCUCCUUUUUUCAUAUGUCAGAAGGGCUUCAGAGACAUGACAAGACAGAAAAUAAAGCUGGAAGACCUAAUGAAUGACUUGGAUGAAGAAGAAGAACCUUAUGAACCUAUUUCAGCUGAGGAACAGAAGCUUUUUAAUGGCUUUUCCUUUGUAGGUGACGAAUGGCGAGCCAUGAUGAAGAUGAAAUGA